AGCUCAGCAGAAAACACUGACUCUGAACCACUUUUCAAGAACGGUUUGGUAAACUGAGUGUUGUGUCUUUGGAUUUAGUGUAUUUGAUGCACUAAAAUGAUGCACAUGUUUUCAUCAUCACUUUUAACUAGUUGAUUCCAAAUGACAUUUAUUUAUUAUUAUUUUGUUGGAGCUAAAUGACUCGUAUCUGUGUAUCUUUAAAAAUGCAUUUUUAGCUUUAACUGAAAACCACAGUAAAUGGCAGCCAAUGAUUCUUCAGUGCGCGUGAUCAAUGACAGGGUCAUUAUAGUUGAGUUUUUCAUAACACUUUUCCUUUGCAUCAACCUUUUGCUGAUCACAGUCUUUUUCAUGAAGGAUUUCUUCUACACAACCAUGCGCUACAUCUUCUUUGCACUGACUCUCAUGUCUGAUUGUGUUAUAUUACUUGUGACUAAUGUUCUGCUCAUUUUAACGUACUUUGGGUUCACCAUGCCUAUGUCGUUGUGCCUUAUUGUGUUUGCAGCUGUGUCUUUAUACACUUUUGUCACUCCGGUGACUCUGACAGCGAUGACGCUGGAGCGCUUUGUGGCCAUUUGCAUGCCACUGCGACACGGAGAGCUGUGCUCCACACGCAGCGCUCUGCACUGCAUCCUCAUCAUUCACGGCGUCAGCUCUCUGCCCUGCGUGGCUUUCCUCUCCAUCUUCUUUGCUUCUGCGAGCCACAGGUUUUACACCAAAAGCGACAUGUGCUUUGCAGAGAAGUUCAUCCUGCAUACCUGGCAAGGUCAUCUUAGGUCUGCAAUAAGCCAGUUUUACUUCCUGACCAUGUGUAUCAUUAUCAUGUUCUCAUACUUUAAAAUAAUGAAGGUGGCCAGAGCUGCAUCAGGACAGAACAGGAAGUCAACAUGGAAAGGCCUCAGAACUGUGGUUCUUCAUGGCUUUCAGCUGUUCCUCUGUCUUUUCCAGCUGUGGUGUCCUUUCAUUGAAGCUGCUGUGCUUCAGAUUAACCUGAUGCUCUACAUUAACGUCAGGUACUUUAACUACAUCAUGUUCAUUCUUUCUCCGAGGUGUUUGAGUCCUCUCAUUUAUGGCCUCAGGGAUGAAAAGUUUUCUGUUGCUCUGAGAAGCUUUGUUCUUUGUGGUUUGUAUAAGAAACAAUUGUCAAAACUGUGAAUGAAAAUGUUGUAGAAUAUAUACUUUAUUAAUCCCCUCAGGGAAAUU